GAAUGCACGUGCCCGUGUCUCAUACUCAUACUAGUACUCAUCGCUGUUAUCAUUAUCAUCACCAUCGAGUAUUACUUUACUUCCUAUAUGAUAUAAUAAUAAUAAAAGUUAUAGUAUGUACAUAUGUUGUAAAGUUUUAAAAUAUAUAUAUAGAUGUAUGUUAUAUGUCAUGCAAAUAUGUGUUGUGAAUAUGAUGAUGAUACACGAGGACUAUGUGUACUGUGUAUAAGAGUAGCAAGAGGGUUUUACGGUUGUUGUGUAUAGAACUUGUAGGGGAUUGAAGGUCUAAUCUUAGAAUAUGCUCGAAAUAUAACGAGUGACAUGUUAUAUUAGCCAACAGCUAUAAUAUCACACAAAUAGAGAAGAGGGAGAAGAAGUGGUCGUCUGGUUUUAUCGUAAUAACAUGAAAAUAUGGAAACGCGAUUUUAUAUUUUUGCCUCCUUAGUAUCUUACUGCGUACAAGAGAGAUAGUUUUACAAAUAUAUAAUAACAACUCAAUAAUAAGUUAAUUUUAUUUGUUAGAGUAAUUUUCGUCGUAUCAAUUAGUACUGAAUAUACACAAACACACACAUAAGCACACACAAAACGAUACUUACUCAAUUAAACUUUGUUCCAGUUAAUUCAAUUUCUCCUUAGUGUACACUACUUUUAUUUAAUUAGUGAAUCGUGUUACUGGUAUAUACUUGUGCUUCAGUGAAAUUUUAAAAACUGAUAAUUUAUAUAUUUUAUUUAUUAUUUAAUUGUUUAAUUGUUAAUAAUGAAUGAGGAACAAGCGCACGAUGCUAAACAACAGAUUGCGACGAGUCCCGAGGACAUUGAGGAUCUUCCAGCGGGUCAACAAGGACCUCAAGUACCGCGGCGCCGAGGUGGAAUAUCUGCCGAGCCAGUGUCUGAAGAAGAUGCUACGAGUUACGUCAAAAAAGUCGUGCCCAAAGAUUACAAAACGAUGGCUGCAUUGAGCAAGGCCAUUGCCAAAAAUGUUUUAUUCGCACAUCUUGAUGAAAAUGAAAGAUCAGAUAUUUUUGACGCAAUGUUUCCGGUAACUUUUUUACCUGGAGAACCAAUUAUCCGCCAAGGCGAUGAAGGAGAUAAUUUCUAUGUAAUUGAUCAAGGAGAAGUCGAGAUAUUUGUUAAUGGUGAACUAGUUACAACAAUUGGUGAGGGUGGCAGCUUUGGUGAAUUGGCGUUGAUCUAUGGAACUCCACGUGCUGCAACAGUACGAGCUAAGACCGACGUUAAACUCUGGGGAAUUGAUCGCGACUCUUAUCGACGUAUUCUCAUGGGCUCUACAAUCAGAAAAAGAAAAAUGUAUGAAGAAUUUUUAUCUAGAGUAUCUAUUCUUGAAUCGCUUGAUAAGUGGGAGCGAUUAACGGUAGCAGAUGCCCUCGAACCAGUUGUUUUUGAAGAUGGUGAAACGAUUGUGAGACAAGGAGAGCCUGGAGAAGAUUUUUAUAUCAUUGUUGAAGGAACGGCUGUUGUUCUUCAGCAGCGUAGUGAAGGAGAAGAACCAACAGAAGUUGGAAGACUUGGUCCUUCUGAUUAUUUUGGUGAGAUCGCAUUAUUGCUAGACAGGCCACGUGCAGCAACGGUGGUAGCUCGCGGUCCAUUGAAAUGCGUUAAACUGGACAGAGCACGCUUCGAGCGGGUCUUGGGGCUGUGCGCAGACAUUCUCAAACGGAACAUCACCCAGUAUAAUAGCUUUGUUUCACUAUCUGUGUGAAUUAUGCAUGAAACUUGAAUGUUAUAUAUACACUAUUGCGAUAAAUAAAUAUAUAAAUCUUAAUUAUUAAAAUUCAAAAAUUCAUUUAUUAUAGUUGUUAUAAUUUCUUAUUUUAUUAAUAUUUUCAUUAUUAAUCUACAUUGUGCAUUGGUACCAAACUAUAUUGUCAUGUUCGAUGUCUGUAAUAAAAUAUAUAAAUUAAAUUAA